CCAUCAACCAAGUAUGUCACCAUACACAGGUCUGUUGGUCCUUUCCCUCCCCUCAGGAGUGAGUGAGCCAAAUGAGCCAAAUGCCCCGUGGACACACCGAGGGGUAAAGGUCAGGUCAAUCGAGUGCAUCACACACACACACUCACACACACCUCAGACACCUACUGCACAGACCAGCUAGCUACAGCUGACCACCCCACCCACUAGAUCUUCUUGAUGACAAACACGUUGUUCUUGAUGCCCAGUGGGGCGUCCUUGUGCCCGUUGAUCCGCACCAACUCCUCCCUGAGUGUCACGUAGAACUGCUCAACCUUGGCUGCAACGCCAUCCACACUAUCAGCGGCAUCGUGGUGGCCGCCUGCUUCUUGAUGGUCGUCGACCAUGAACGAGGUCACCAUGCCCUCCGUCCAGCCACGAACCGACGACACAAGCUGCACACAGCAGAUGCCGACCCCCCCACACACAUGGAUACACACAUGGGUCUGUGCGUGCGUGUGGGUGUGAUCACUCACGCACUCGCUCACCUUGUCGAAGUGCGCGUCGUCGGCUUCCUGAUCGUCGUCGGAUGUCUCGGUGUGUUGUUGAGCGGGAUUGGUGUCCUCCGUCCAGACGGCCUCCAGCUGCAAAGGCAGCUCUCUGUGUGGAGCGGGGAGGGGCAGUGGGCCGCUCGUUGUGGGCCGGCCGUCGAUGCCCUCCCACGGCUCCAGCAAUGUGGCCAUUGGGAGAAGUGUGGCCGGGAAGCAGGCCUUCUUCGCCGUCUCACGAGACACCCUAAAGAGAUGCAGACAUACACAUACACACACACACACGUGUGCAUACCUGCGUAAGUGGAUGGUGCGUCUGUCCUUACCAGCCGUCGUCGGCCAUGAUGUUCAUGACGUUGUGGAUGGCCUUGAACUUCCCGCCGCCCCCCUCCUCUGUUUCGACCCACGACACGACGAUGCGGCCCCCCGGGACGAGCUCGGCACUGCGGAGGCGCAGAAACGUCUCCCACUCUCGCUGCUUGACCUAAUAAAACCACACCAGACACCACCGCAGACAAAGAGAUCUGACCGACUGGCACCGUGUGUGUGUGUGUGAUGGGGACACACACGUACCUGCAGCCACGCUUGUGUGGCCUCCGUGUCUGUGGAGCACUGGAAGACCAGCCCAUCGGACAGGGGCCUCGGCUGAUGGUCCAUCCUACACGGGCGUCACAACCGAAACACACGUGGAUGGACGAGUGGCUAGGCACCCUCAGAUGAUACAUGUGGGGGUCAUGUCAGUGGCACGUAAGUACCAGUGGAUCGAGGUGAAGGCAACCACCAAGUGAAGGCUCUCGUCGGGCGCCUGACGCUCGUACUGCCACCAACACACACACAGUCGAUCAAUGCCGCCCGUGUUGCUUGCCCCUCCCCGUUCCUCACCAUUGUCUUGCCGGACGCAAAGGCCAUGGCUGUCGGCGGCCCCUCAGCGGCGUAGCCCCACGGCCCAUUGACUGUGUUGAAGAGCUCUGACCAGCGGUUGGAUGGCAGGUCGUUGUGGAUGACACACAAACACCGAAGAUGGCCGCCGAUCUCAUCUCGGUGCUCUUGCAUGGCAUUCAGCACGGCCGCCAUCAUGGCUUCGGUCGCCGUGCCGUGACCACAGCUGCACGCAACCAAUCGACACAAACAGGAUUAACAUAGAGUGCCAGAUCUGCACGCUCGUCGCUGCCUGCGUCUUCUGUUCGCGCACCCGCAGUCAAGAGCCCACACGGGACCUUGGUUGCCUCUCUCCCUCUCUCCCUUGAGCGUCUUGAUCAUCCCCUCUGUCACCACUGAGUGCCAUCGACGCGCCAUACCCUGCAGCAGGCAAACCACAGACACAGCGAAUGCCGAAUGGAGAAUAGGUAGGAGCAGUGAGUGGGCGUGGGUGUCCGCACGCACCUGCUGCCAGUGGGAGGCGUCAUCGUACGACUCCCCCAUCAUGAUGACGGGCUUCACGCGGGCGGGAUCAGGCGGCAUCAGAAAGGAACAGUGUCAACUUGAAGCUCGACGCUGCUGACGAGCGAGAACCUCACAGAUCUCAAUGUCAUCUCUGUCCCUUGACACACAAGAAGCAUGGAGAGAGCGCUGUUUCUCC